AUGCCCAAAGUUGCAGGAACCAGACUCAUGGUCAAAGAGAGGGGAGGAAAAGCACAGGUGGCUUUCCGCAAAGCACUAGGUAUAUGCGGGGAUCAAGACACCCAUUUUCAAGAGAUCAAGCAUCGCAUACGAACCCUUGCGGUGAAGCACUUCGAGAUCGGUCGAAAACCUCGGGAACAGGAGCAGAUUAUCAAAGAGCGAUUCUUAGCAGAUGUUCAAGAAGCUUUUCCGAUUUUUGGAGAUGACGAGUGUGCACAUGCGCAUUUACUCAAAUACGUCCAUCGAUAUCUUCACGCCAAAGCGGUGCCGAGUUCGCGCUUCUAUCAAAUGAUGCACGGUAACGACAUUGCAGACAGUGAGGACUGGGUAGGGGACAAUAAUCAUGACGAGGCUGGCAAUGUCGAGGAACACAUGCCAGCAAAUUCCGAGCAGCUGGAUCCUCUGAUCCCCAACAGAUCCCAGACGACCUCUGAGUUGGAGGAGGUAAAUGAAGGAGCUUCUCGUUUAGUUACCUCUGAUGGCAUCCAAGUUGAAGAGUGUACCGCAACUCAUCCGACUUUGGACAAGCCAUCCAUCUCGAACUCCCCGAGUCCUACCCUAAUGGAUGCUUCUCGAACUAUGAAUCGUUCCCCAUCUCCAGAUCCAUUGGCGACCGUGCCAACAGAAUAUACCACCUUGCGCAAGCACAGCAAUCAGCCAUGGCAUGCAUCAUCCGCGGGUACCGUAUUGGCGUCGGAUGACCCCUGCGAUACGACACCUAUCAGGAACUUUCUCGGUCACGCAGCGCUCGGCCAUUUACUGGAGGAACUUAUGACACUGGGCAUCAAGAAUCAGUCGCGUCUUCUUCUUGUAGCAACAUGGUCAGAGGAGGACAUCAAUAUCCUCUUGCGUGAUUCUGUGCGAGAAAGCAGAAUCGACAAGUUUGAGGCGCAGCAGCUCGUCAUUGCUUUGCGUUCUCUCCAUCGGCGAUCUAUGCAGGCUGAUGACUGA